UGCCAUCCAGGCCCCAGUAGCCCCAGAAAACUGGCUGAAACCCCGGCUCGUUGCUUUGACCCUUGUUGCGAACGAUUGCAACCCUAGCCAUUCGCUGCGCAAAGGUCGCUUGGCAUCACCGUCGUGGGUCCCAGAAAAGCUCUCCCGUGUUAUUUUUUGAUUUUUUCGAGAUUGAUAAGGAAUGCCAGUGAGAAUCCGAGAAAAUGUGACUUUCCCGAAAGCUUUACCGGAAAUUGCCUUGAGGCCAUUGUAAUCGACGUCAACAUCUUGGCUCCCCACGCAUAGCGCGCUCGAUGACCAUGGCCUGCCGUACCUGAAUCAUGUAACUCCAUGCAAAAUAUGUGUGACAAAGGCGAUAUCCACCAGGAAUUCGACCGAAGGUCUACCCCCCUGCUCAAGCCAGCGACACACAUAGAUAUUAUCUGCUGGGUUAGAUGGAUGGAUGGGCCGGGAAUGGCGCAUUGAGUAACCGUGGCUCGCAGUAUCCCGACAUCCGUACCUAACAGCACCGAGUGAUAAACUGAUGCAUUUUGUCUCUUACCCACGGGAGUAUAAAGGCCGGCAUAUGGCUCUCAAUUGAACUCGAAGUUAUACAUCUUUCUAUUUCAAUUCCCAUCGUUACAACUUGAUUCUGAUCACGGUGCGCAUGAUACUACUCAACACAUACAAAUGGAGACGUUCAGAAUAGGCGAUCAUACAGUCCCCAGGCUUUUCAUGGGCUUAUGGCAACUAUCAAGCCCAGCAUGGGGUUCAGCCCCGCGAUCCAAGAUCAUGGCGGAAUUCCAGAAAUAUGUGGACGCGGGGUUCACGGCGUAUGAUAUGGCUGAUCACUAUGGUGAUGCGGAGAUCCUCUUUGGCCGUUUUAGGUACUCUUAUACAGGGCCGAAAACCAUAUUUUGCUCCACGAAGUACUGUGUUUUCCAGCCGACCCCGCAAACCGAAGCUGUAGUCCAUGAGGCUAUAUCACGCAGAUUGAAAAAUAUCAAAUCCGACAAAGUGGAUUUGUUGCAGUACCAUUGGCAGGACUAUGGGGAUCCACAGUAUAUCCCGGCCCUUCAAAUUAUGGAAGCCGAUUCUCGAGUCAGCAAUUUGGGGCUGUGUAAUUUUGACACCAAGAGGAUGAAAGAAGUCAUUGAUGCGGGGAUCAAAUUCGCGACAAACCAGGUCCAGUUCUCCCUGAUCGAUACCCGGCCUCGGUAUGAGAUGGAGGCAGUAUGCAUUCAACAUGAUAUCAAACUCUUGACAUAUGGCACCCUGUGUGGCGGCUUUCUGUCUGAAAAAUGGCUGGGUAAACCCGCUCCCGAAGCCUUCAGUGAAGGAAUGACCCCAAGUCUCAGAAAAUAUCUUGAAAUGAUCACGAUUUGGGGUGGGUGGUCCCUCUUCCAAACGCUCCUGACUACCCUCUCCACAAUCGCUGCCAAGCACUCCGUCUCCAUUUCUGCGGUGGCCGCCCGUUGGGUGCUUGAUUUCCCGUAUGUAGGCGCUGUUCUGGUGGGGGCCAGAAUGGGUGUGAGCGAACACAUUGAUGAAAACUUGGCAAUAUACGGGCUGUCAUUGGAUGAUGAGGACCGGGACAAAAUCGAGGAUAUCUUAAAAAUGAGCAAGAGGGACCAGGUCUUCGCCGAUAUGGGGGAUUGUGGCUCUGAGUACCGCUCAGCCUAG